GGAAACUUUCACACCAGCUGUUUUUAUUUUGGGAAUCGUACAGGUGCUGGUACCGCUCCCCGCUACAAGGUUUGUUUGGCGUUAGUGCUCAGCUCAGACCAGACUUGUUACACGUUGUUUGUUUUGCUUGACGUAUUUUUUUCGGCUCUCCGAUUGAAGUGAAAAAUUAAUAUGUCGUGGGAUCGACUGCCGUUCGAAAUUUACGUGCAAAUCUUCAAAAACCUUAACUUUUGGGACCGGAAGCCACUUUCGUUGGUUUGCCACCGAUGGAACGAAGUAAUCUUUUCGAGAGCACUUUGCCGAAAUCUUUGCAUUGAACUCAGCCGCGGUGAUUGGAGCGGUAACGGUGUGGAUGGCAUUGAAAAGGUGCGUGUGGUGGACGAGGGGGUGGUUGAGGCUAGUCACCGUGACUACCGAGUGGUUUAUGUGAAAUGGUGCAAAGACUCAAGUCCGGCUGUUUUUCAAUCGAUUGACCGCCUACUGCGUGGUUUGAACAACAAGAAGCAACUCGAAGGUAUGAUAAUCGAUGCACCCCUAGGUCAGCAAUUAACGGUAUUUUUCCGCACGCACUGCGAUCUGUUGGCGCGUAUUCGGAAGCUGCAAGUUUCGACGGAGUGUACGGAUUGUCGAUUGAGAUUGGAUCCCUGUUUGCUACGAAUGGAACAAUUGGAAACGCUUUACUGGAGGGAAAUUGUACCGAACGAUCAACUUGAAGUUCAGCGGCCCUGGUUGGUACUGGAAGCACCAAUGCUUCAAUCUGCAAUCGUUCGCUUCGGUGAUUCGGAUUCGGAUCAGGGUCUCAUGUGGCACAGUAGUUUCAUAGAGCUAGAUCAGAGUUUCAGUCUGAAAACUCUAAAGAUUCAUCUUCAUUCACGAAUGUGGGAACGUUUCUUCGAACAGAAGUUAAGUUCCCUGGAACAAUUGACGCUCUGUCACAAAACACCAAACUUGGAGGCUCGUGACUGGAACCUUAUGUUCGCCAAUAUGCCCAACCUGAAAAAAAUACAAAUGUGGGAAGUUACCGAUGAUAUUAUGGAGGCCAUUAACCGUCACUGCCUUUUCUUACAAAAUCUACUGCUAGAUAAAGUGAACCUCACGCGGCAGUUUCUUUCAACCGAUAGAAUUUUUCCCUGUUUGGAACAUCUUCGCCUGGAAUCAGGUGAAAUUCGCAGCAAUAGAACACUAUGUUUGCCAGCUUUACAAAACUUUGAAUGGUUCAACGUGAAAAAUCAGGAAAAUCAUACUCUAAACAUUUUUGCUCCGAACCUGCGGAACCUUCGUCAGGCCAAGUAUGGUCAGCCGGAUUUUGUACUGACUCAGAAUGCACCGUCGUGCUUGGAGAAAUUACAGCUCGAUUUGUAUGCGUCCAACAUUCCCGAGCACCUGUUCCGUCCGUUUCCCCAGUUGCGGGAAUUCAGUGUUCGCGUCAGUUCCGCCCGACCCGAUCUGGAUCGAAUUAUGCCGAAUUUGAAAAACAUCAACGAAUAUACGCUCAUCGCGUACAACGCUCCACUGCACUGCGAUGCAAUGCUCAAUCAGAUGUUCAAACACUGCGGACAGAUUACCGCGCUAACCCUGUGCGGGUUUAAUCCAAACCUGGAACUGUCGUUUCCGGUGUUUGCUCAGAUCUUCCGCAAUCGCAACCUGAAGUACCUCAAAAUGUUUGGCCUUAACGUCAUGGGGAAUUCGUUCCCGCUGCAGUUACCACCGGAACUGGACACUUUCGAUCUGCGCUACGUCAAGAUUAUGGACGUUGCUUUCGGAGCUUACGUAUUUCCGCCGGACGGACCGUUCCGGAUUGUAUGCAAUAAAACGGAAGAAUGCUGUUGCUACUUUUCCAAGGAUUGUGACUAGACGAUUGACGAUGGGCGGUCGUGCUGUUGGGUGUAAAUUUGAUUAGUUUAUUAUAUGACAUAUUUGUGAUCUUUGGUGAGAUGCCUCCACCACAACUCGCGUGCUUUUGAUUAGGCUGCAUCAUCCUAUAAGUGAGAGGCUACCGAUUGGUGAUAAUUUUCCAGUAAUUAUU